AUGUCCCAGUAUUCAUCGAAGUGGAUCCGAGUGUCUGAACCGUAUCCACACGUCUUGCAUGUCGAACUCGCUCGAGCACCCGUGAACGCUUUCAACACCGAAUUCUGGCAAGCAUAUGGAAAGCUAUUCGAUAAAUUGGCGGAGGAUGGCUAUGACGUGCGUGCGCUGGUAGUGUCGUCUUCGUUUUCGAAGACAUUCACAGCAGGCAUCGAUUUGAACGACUUGGCGGGGCCUGAAGUCAUCGCGACAGAUAAAGUCAUGGGCAACGCCCGUGGCGCACUGCAAAGCCGAAAGAGGUUGCUCGCUUUCCAACGUGCGCUCAGCGCACCCGAACGAACACCCUUCCCCGUCAUCCUAGCCGUCCACGGGCACCUUAUCGGCCUCGGAGUGGACCUCAUUGGCCCAUGCGAUGUCUGCUACGCCGCAUCGAACACCAACUUCGUUAUCAAAGAAGUCGACGUCGGUUUCGCACCUGGCCUGGGGACGAUGGCCUUCCUCCCCAAGAUAACAGGCAACCACUCGCUCGUACGCGAGCUCACGUACACUGCGCGUCCCUUCUCUGCUGCUGAAGCCGAGCGGCUAGGGCUCGUCUCGAAGGUGGUUCAGGGUGGACGAGAGGAGGUAAUCAAAGAGGCGUUAGAGGUCGCGAAGGUCAUCGCGUCAAGGAGCCCUGUGGCGGUUGCUGGCGCAAAGCACCUGACCACCCAUGCAAGGGACUACAGUGUGCCAGAGAACUUGGCAGUCACUUCGGUGUGGAACGGAUCAGCUUUUCUGACAAACGACAUUCCUGACAACCUCAAGGCAAGGCUGAACAAGCGAACGCCCUCUUUCGCACCGCUCGCUGUUGUUUCCAGAUGGUCGAAACUUUAA